UUCGAGGCCACUAGCCUACCAGUUUCGUGUGCUUCGACAUAAUAACAGAGAAUGCACGACAUCUGCAUUUUGGAUUUCGGAAAUAUACACAGCGUUUGACUAGAAUUAAUUUGUUCAAAGAAAUCAUAAACAUGCCAGCAAUAGACCAAUGUGACAGCUCUCAAGCAACCUUAGCACUAUCAUCCACUUUAGAAAUUUUUGACAAGUUUAAGUCAGUGUCGGAGUGUGGAAAAGAUUCUGAUUCUGAAGAAAGUUUUCAUUUGCCAUUAGACGACGAAGAUGGAGAAACUCAAUCAAUAAUUUCAAACGGAAGAGAUAAAGAAUUACAAAGUGAGGAGACUGAAGAUGACAUAUUAAAUAAGUUUGAAGGAGAUUGUGUAGACGCAUCAGAACAAAACGAUGAAACAAUCUUAAAUGACAUUGAAGAAGAGCAUCAUGAUAAGUCUGUUAGCAUAAUAGAUAAACAAAACAUAGAGGAAAACGAAUUAUCAGCAACUGAAGUAAAAUUAUCAUUUGAUUUUGGAAAAUACGAGACAAAUAGCAAUGGAGAAUUCAGAAGUAUUUAUGAAACAGAAUUCCAUGUAGAUAAGGAAGAGGAAAAUAAUGAGGAAUCCAAAACUAUGGAAAUAUGUGAUUCCCAAGAAGAAGUUGGUGAUGCUAUGGAAACUAAUUGUUCUGAUGGCAAAGAGACUGAAAAUGAUAUAGAAAAAAUAGAUAACCAUUUAGAUUCAGUAAACGAGACAAAUGUGUCUAACUCCUUACAUGUCACUGAUACUGACAAUUUAAGUCAGACGGAUAACCAUCUAGAUUCAGUAGACGAGACAAAUGCGUCUAACUCCUUACAUGUCACGGAUACUGACAAUUUAGGCGAAACGGAACAGCCAAUUUCCGUUGAAACCGAAUCUGCCAGCAAUAAACAGGACACCGAAGUCAGUAAAAUUUCUACAAGCGAUAAUGAAAGAGCUUCUACUGAUGACUUAUUGAAGCAAUUAGAUGAGACCAUUAACUCUCCAAAAGAGGAUGACGUAAUCGAAGAUAAAUUAAAUAGCAACGAAGUUUUUAAAGUUCCAGAACAACAAAAUAAUUUACAUGUUGAAUCAGAUUCUACAAAAAUGGAAGAAUGUGAGAAACCCAGCGAAAAACCCGAGGAAGAUGACUCUGACCUACUUGAUAUCUCUAUGAUUCGUGAAACGGAAGAAGAUGAUGCGUGUGCUAGAGCAGAUGCUAUACAGGAAGAUGCCGAUGCAGAAGAAGCUAAGGAGGAUUCAGUAAUUGAGAAGUCUGAUGAAGAAUCGAAUGAUAGGGUUGAGACUGAACAAAUAAGUAGUGAUGGGGACAAGGAACAUGAUAAUGAUUUUGAUAAUGAGCACUCAGGAUUUGAAGAAAUAAAUGAUGAAGAUAGUCAUUCAGGAUUAUCUCUUAGCGUUGAUACUGAUGAUGCAGAUAGCCAAACAGAUUCGAAUACAGAAUUGCAGAAUACAGUAGUUGAAACAGAAAGCCACGAAAAAUCUUCUGCUGUUGCCAGCGAAGAUACUAUAGAUGAUCAAAUGGAAAUAGAGGCAGUUGUGUCAGAACCUGAAGAAACAAACAUUGUUGAUGAUGGUUCUUCUAAUAAAGAAGUUCCUAAUAAUGCAGAUUUAACUUUAAUUGAGACUGAUACUCAUAAUGAUAUAACUGAGAAAGAAAUUAGCACAACAACAAAUGAAAUUGUAAAAUCAGAUGAGAUUUCUGAAAAAGGGUUAGAAGGUUCCAAAGCAGUGAAUACUAGUCAAGUUCAAACAAAGUCUGGUAAAAGAUCUCUCUCGGCAAAUGAUACUGAUCAGGAUGAAUUGAUUGCCAAGAAACCAAAACUUGCCGAUUCGAUAACUGAUGUAGAAUCCACAAAUGAGGUAACUGACAUCUCCGUGAAUAAUAAUAAACCAGAAUCUGAGAAGACAGAAGAAUUUACCACUCUGAGAAACAAUACAAAGACAUUAACAGCAUUUUCCAAGUUCAUGCAGUGUCGAAAAUUGACAGCUAAGCUAUCUAGAUCUGAUUUAGAACAGUUUUGUAUUCAAAAAAUAUGUGAAAGUCUAAUGUUGAAAAGUACUGAAGGUGAGCUCCACCAAACCAUUAAAAAACAGGAAAAGACAAUUGAAAUUUUGAGAAAAGACCUUCAACAAUUAGUUAAGCAAUCAAGAGAUUUAGAUAUUGUAAAUAAAAAAUUGAUGAAUGACUUAAGAGCACAAACAGUGCAGAAGAAACCUUUAGUACCUUUAAAGAUUACAAGAUCAGUAGGCUUACAAGUAAGACUGAAUCCUGGUAAUGAAGCAGUAACUCAGGUUAGGAAAAGACAGUCAGUCCCUAACACUCCUCCAAAGCAAGUUGUUCUUAGCAAUUCGCUCCUAAAACAAAAAGCAUCCCCUCAGCAGAAACCGGUUGUGAGACAGAUAGUUCAAAGUUCGCCUCAAAAAUCAAUAUCGACUACCCAAUCAGUUGCCUCGCCUGUAACUGGAGGUCAGUUACUUACUCAAGCGUUACUUCAGCCCUCCAAAAGAUCACCAGUAGUUGCCAAGAGAACCACUACACCGGUCAGAAAACCACCUGAACCUCCUAAACCUUCCAAUCCUGGAGUUAUAGAUUUAACCGACGAAGAUGAAAAAUUGGCAGCUAAUAAAGCUGUAAAUAAUACUAUAAAACUUGUUACUACUAAACCAGUUGUAACUACUACUCCAAAACCAAUUGUAACUGUCAAUAAAUCUCUAUCUGGCAAAACAGUAAUUAGUCAGGGUAAACAGGUUGGAGUUCAAGCAAAAUCAGUUACCGUCAGUGCAAAUAAAAAUACCAGUAUACCUCAAAGUAUUAGGUUAACUCCUGGCUCUGUUAUAACAUCAAGCGCAAAUGGUUCACCUCAAAUGCUGUAUGUUGUGCCAACUAUUUCUUCGAGUACUGGGGGGACACAAAAAGUUGCUUUUGUAAAUUUCCAACCUACUAGUGGUGUACUAUCUGCUGCAUUGAAUGGUCAGACAGUGUCUGUAAUGUCAAAUAAACAAGGCCAGACGAUGACGCUAAAAACAGUUCCGAGUGUUCGAAAAAAGCAUCCGGCACCUCUACCGCCAGUUCCUCGAAUAAAUAUCGAUAGUAAUUUGAAACCGCUGUUACCCAAACCCCAUCUGACCAUUAAGAAAAUCGACAUUGGUAUAAUUCUUCAAUGGAAAAUGCCCUAUAAUUUAAGCUUAUACGAGAACAUUGCCAGCUAUCAGUUAUACGCAUAUCAAGAAACAAGUGCGCCCCCUAAUACGGAUAUGUGGCGUAAAGUGGGUGAUGUGAAAGCAUUGGCGUUACCAAUGGCUUGUACAUUAACUCAGUUCGCGGAUAAAAACAAGUAUUAUUUUGCGGUGAGGUCGGUCGAUGUCCAUAACAGAAUUGGAGCAUUUAGUGAUCCUGAAGAGAUUUCAUUGUAGAUAGGCUGUUUAGAUAUUUAUAAGUGUGUGUACAUAAAAAUAGUUACGAAUGCUGUUCUGAGUGAAUGUCUAAGAAUUUUUUGGGUGUCUCAUUUCUUUUAAAUAUUGAAUAUUUUGAGCUUCGAUGUGUUCAUUGACUUAUGAAAUUUAUUUUAAGAAGUUGAUACUAGACUUUUUAUACAAAAUAAAACAAAGAAUAAUAUAAGCAAAUUUGGUUGCACAAAGUCAUCCUUAUUUUUUAUUGGUUUUUGCUAGUCUAAAAAUAUUUCACAGAAGAGGGAAUAAGUAGGCAGUGUCAUUGAAUAUUUAUUUUUUAUUUAUUUCAUCUUUUUAUUUAAUAUGUGGUCAUUGGUCCCUUUCAGGUUUGAGUACAUUAAAUUAAAUUUUCAACUUCUGUGAAAUAUCAUUAAAUAUAAUAUAUUGGCAAAUGUUUUGAACCUAGUUUCAAGUUUGGCAUAAUACAGGGUGCUACAAAUUCGAGGUACGAGCAUUGGUAUCUCGGAAACCGUAAUAGAUACGAAGAUGAUUAAAUUGGGGCAAAGUUGC